AUGGUCAAACUUCAUCUAUCCCUUGCUGCUGCCUUUGCAGCAUUUACGCUCACCACUGCGGAGAAAGCUCCCGGUGAUAUUAUUGAAAUGAAAAUGGCGACCACUGGACAAACGGAUCAGAUACGCAUUCUCACCAAACCCAGACCAGGCUACACCCCCGCGGCCGAUGCUCCAAGCGUUUGGAAUAUGAAGGAUGGCUGUGAGGAUGUGAGCUCAGUCGAUUUCAUCUUUUCUCCUGUGGAUGACGAAUCCAAGUGCUGCAAGCUUGAGUCGCUCGAUGGGUUCAACCUCUGGCCAGAACAACAAGGUUACACUAUCCCUGGCGGAGCCAACAUUGUUGCCCAAGAACAGUUCGCUCUCGACAAUGGUUGCUUCGAGAGAAACCGUGGAUCAGGUGGCUCGUACACCCUUCAAUCAGGCGAAACGUACAAUUCCUACAUGGCCCAAUUUUUGUCUCACGACCAAUCGACGGUAUUCUUUGACAAUGUUGUGGAGUUCCACAACCAAGACAUUGUUGCCAUUAUUCACGACACCGACAAACUGAAGGAAUCUGAUCAAUUAUUCGCGCUUGGGGGGCAAUCGACCUACAAAGAUGUUCGCGAUGAUGAAUGGAGGGGUUUUGAAGCCAACAGCCAUCGAUAUGAAUCCUUGCAUGUCAAUUGUCUUGCUCGACCAAGCCCUGGAUCUUGUCCCGUUACUCUAUCCACUGCCGUUAGCGAAGUUGCCGUAUCCAACGAAUCUUGCGAGGGUAGAGGUUGGGGCGACCCGCACAUGGUCACUUUCGACGGUCUUCGUUAUGAUGUGCAUGUGAAGGGUGAACUAAUCCUUGUGAAGUCAUUGGACUCUGCCUUUGAGAUCCAAGGUAGAACCGAAGCCGUCGAAAACCACAAUGCAAGACCUGCUGUCACUACCGGCAUCGUCGUCAACGAAGUCGGUGACAACCCAAGAAUCCAAGUCUCUUUGGCACGCGACGCCAGUGACACGUACACUGAAGUACUUCGUGCCAGCGGUUGCCGUGGAGAUCAUUGCAACUGUCCUGUUCAGCUCUUUGUGGACGGCGUUGCCCGACCAGUAUCGUCCGGAUCUGGCAAUACUAUGGCAUCUGUGGCAGUGACUGGCGGCAAUAGAAUCACUAUCCAGUACCCCGAAACAAAAGUCAAGGUUACGAUGGAUGUCAGAAACUGGAGACAAACUUGCCACUUUUCCGUAACCUACACUUUGGCCGACUGUCGACCAAACGAGAAUAUCGUUGGUCUGGUUGGAUCUCCAGACAACGAGUGGCGAAAUGACUGGAUGCAGCGCGAUGGAACUCCAAUUCCUAUUCCUCCUUCUUUGAAAAAGGGAGCUGGAUUCGAGCCAACUUAUAUCUACACUCGGGAUAACUGGUGCGUGGACAAGGAGUCCGACUCUUACUUCGAGUAUGAAGCCAACACCGAUUUUGCAUUCUUCGAUGAGUGCGACAACCCAUAUGAUCCUUCCUUGGAGCAAGCUGUUGCCAAUGCGGAUGCUGCAGUUAUUGAGGAAUGCCAAGGGGAUGUGUUUUGCAUUGUCGACAGCAUUGCUCUUGGUCCAGAGGCUGCGGAAGCGUAUCUUGAAGAUCCAGCUCUUAACCACACUCUUUCACAAACAGCUUCCACCGAUAUUGAAAUUGUUCUUCAAGUUCCUGAUGAGUCUCCCGAUCCCAACUGUCCCGUUUGCAAGGCAAGAGGUUGGGGCGAUCCGCACAUUAUUACUUUCGAUGGAGUUACUUACGACGUCCACGUCAAGGGCGAGCUAACCUUCCUCAAGAGUUUGAGCACCGAUUUUGCCAUCCAAGCACGGACACAGAUCGUCGCCAACCAUCCAAAGGGACCCGCUGUGACUACUGCAGUGGUUGUCCACGAGGACAGUACCUUGGGACUCCCUGUCGUUCAGGUUUCACUAGGCAAGGACGAGGACAGCGAGCUUGCAACUAUGAUUGGACCAUGUGCCGUGCAGCUUUUUGUAGAUGAGGAAGCCAAGGACAUUCGACUUGGAACUGGAUCUUCUGAUGUCACCGUGCAGGUCAAGAACAAGCGAAUUGUUGUCGAAUAUGCUUCGACCAACUUGCGGUUGGACAUGGAUGUGAAGGUGUGGCGCGACACUUGCCAUUUUUCUGUGAACUAUUUCUUGGCCGAUUGUCGCUGUGAUGAGACUUUGGUUGGGAUUCUCGGUCAGCCUGAUGGAGACAGCUACAACGAAUGGCACGAUCACACUGGCAAUGCUGUCGACAUUCCAUCCAACGGACGCAAGCGUCGCGGUAUUGAAGCAUACAACUAUUCUAUGACUUGGUGCAUUUCUGAGGAAGAUUCCCACUUCACCUACGAGUCUGGAAUGAAUCAUGGCACGUUCGACAAGUGUACCUCGGACAACUUUGAUUUGGACAUUGAUGAUCUGAUCGAAAAUGCUGAUACGGACACAAUUGACAAGUGUACCAUCGACGGUGUCUUGGAGGAAGGUUGCGUGUUAGAAUGUGAAUUUUUGGGCGACGAGGCAUGCGAUGAGUACAUUGUGAUUAUUCAAGAAACCGAGACAGUGGAAAUCACUGACGAACCGACCUCAGGUCCCACACCAGUACCUACUUCUGGGCCAACUCGAGUCCCUACCUCAGGUCCCACACCCGUUCCUACUUCCGGACCAACUCCCGUCCCAACCCCAGUACCUACUUCUGGACCAACUCCCGUGCCUACCUCGGGUCCCACUCCAGUGCCCACUUCUGGACCAACUCCGGUACCAACUUUGGAAGGAUCAAGCGGGCCAACUGUGGCAGCAUCAAGCUCUCCUACGACACUCCCAACUCCAGGUCCCACUUCAGGACCUACCUCUGGACCAACAAAGGAACCAACUCCAGUACCCACAUCUGGACCAACUCUGGUACCAACUUUGGAAGCAUCAAGCGGACCAACUGUGGCAGCAUCAAGCUCUCCUACGACACUCCCAACUCCAGGUCCCACUUCAGGACCUACCUCUGGACCAACAAAGGAACCAACUCCAGUACCCACAUCUGGACCAACUCUGGUACCAACUUUGGAAGCAUCAAGCGGACCAACUGUGGCAGCAUCAAGCUCUCCUACGACACUCCCAACUCCAGGUCCCACUUCAGGACCUACCUCUGGACCAACAAAGGAACCAACUCCAGUACCCACAUCUGGACCAACUCUGGUACCAACUUCGGAAGCAUCAAGCGGACCAACCGUGACAGCAUCAAGCUCUCCUACGACACUUCCAACUCCAGGUCCCACUUCAGAGCCGACCUCUGGACCAACUCCCGUGCCUACAUCAGGUCCCACAUCUGUUCCAACAAGCGCACCCACAAAGCAAAGCCAGCUUGGAACUGCCGCCAGUGAUAUCACCACGCCGGAAACGAAUGUCACUAAUCCUGAUGAAAUUCUUGAAUCCGACUCUGGAAGCAGGGGUGACCCACACUUCAAAUCAUGGGUCGGAGAACACUUUGAGUAUCAUGGGCAAUGUGAUUUGGUCCUUGCUAAGGAUGCCAACUUUGCUGAUGGCCUUGGAUUGGAUGUACAGAUUCGCACCAAGCUUGUUCGCUUCUGGAGUUACAUCAAGAGAGCCGCCAUUCGAAUUGGCGAUGACAUCCUUGAAGUGGAAGGUUCAGGCGACAUGAGCGAGACAGAUCCUCUCUAUUGGUUCAAUUUUGUUCACCAGCGACCUGUACAGACAGUAGGCGGCUUUCCAGUUCAAAUCACCAAGGGAACCGGUCGCUCACACAGACACAAGUUUGAAAUUGACUUGAGCAGCAAGUACCCUGGCCAGAAGAUCGUCAUUGCGACGAUGAAGGAGUUCGUGCAGGUGGACUUUGUUAACGCCUCCGCCAAAGCUUUCGGCAAUGCUGUUGGUAUGUUGGGAGACUUCAAGACUGGAAAGACCUAUGCUCGUGACCAAACUACUGUUAUCAAUGAUUUUAUCGAACUCGGAAACGAAUGGCAGGUGUUGCCACAGGACAAUAUAUUGUUUCAAGAUGUGUCGGACCCCCAGUUCCCCAAGCGUUGCAUCCUUCCAGAAGAUCCGCGUGGAGACCGCCGCCGCCGUCUUGAAGAAUCGACUAUCACCAUGGAGGAGGCUGAAGCGGCAUGCUCCAAGGGUUUGAGCGAUCCUUUGGACAUCAAGGAUUGCGUAUAUGAUGUCUUGGCAACCCAAGAUAUGGAUAUGGUUGGGGCCUUCUAA